AUGGCUUCUCGAAUCUCUAUUGCGCGCCUCUCGAGCCAGCGCUUCUCGGCUGUGGCCAGAACCACUCCUCGGGCAUCAAGCCAGUUACGCAAUGUCAAGGGAUUGUCUACCCUCACGCGGAAGACUUCAGCUCGCUCAGCUUCGGGCUUGUUGCAGGUCUCUUCUUCCGGCAUCAAUGUCUCGCGACUCAACCUUGCUCCUCUAGGAGGUCACCAACUUCGCACCUAUGCCGAUUCCAUCAUCAAGGUCCCCAGCAUGGCUGAGUCGAUUACAGAGGGUACCCUCAAGCAAUUCUCAAAACAGGUUGGAGAUUUCGUCGAGCGCGACGAGGAGAUUGCGACAAUUGAAACAGACAAGAUUGAUGUUUCGGUUAAUGCCUCGGAGUCUGGUACCAUUAAGGAGUUCCUCGUGAACGAGGAAGAUACCGUUACCGUCGGCCAAGAUCUUGUCAGGAUCGAGCUUGGCGCUGCUCCCGAGGGUGGAAAGAAGGACGAGGGUGCCGAGAAGCCCAAGGAGCCCGAGCCUAAGAAGGAUGCUCCGCCCGCUCCCGCCGAGACCGAGAAGCCCAAGGAGCCCGAACCUAAGAAGGCUGCGCCCCCCAAGGAGGCUCCCAAGGCGGAGUCCAAGCCCCAAGCAGCUGAACAGCCAGCUCUUGGUGGCCGCGAGGAACGCCGGGUCAAAAUGAACCGCAUGCGUCUGCGUAUCGCCGAGCGCCUGAAGCAGUCCCAGAACACCGCCGCUUCUCUCACCACUUUCAACGAGGUUGACAUGUCCUCGCUGAUGGAGUUCCGGAAACUGUACAAGGACGAUGUGCUCAAGAAGACCGGUGUGAAGCUUGGUUUCAUGAGCGCCUUCUCCCGUGCUUGUGUGCUUGCCAUGAAGGAUAUCCCCGCUGUCAAUGCUUCCAUCGAGGGUCCUAACGGCGGUGAUACCAUCGUCUACCGCGACUAUGUUGACAUCAGCGUUGCAGUUGCCACCGAGAAGGGUCUUGUGACUCCUGUAGUCCGUAACACCGAAGGCAAGGAUCUUGUUGGAAUCGAGAAGGCCAUUGCCGAUCUCGGAAAGAAGGCUCGUGACAACAAGUUGACCAUUGAAGACAUGGCCGGCGGUACCUUCACCAUCAGCAACGGUGGUGUCUUCGGCUCGCUGAUGGGUACACCAAUCAUCAACGUUCCCCAAACAGCUGUCUUGGGACUCCACGCCAUCAAGGACAAGCCUGUCGCUGUGAACGGCAAGGUCGAGAUCCGUCCCAUGAUGUAUCUUGCUCUCACCUACGAUCACCGUCUCCUGGAUGGUCGCGAGGCCGUUACGUUCCUUGUCAAGGUCAAGGAGUAUAUCGAGGACCCCCGGCGCAUGCUGCUUGGCUAG